AUGGUACCGUGCGGUUACCAGUUAGAGUACCCGAAUAAUGAUGUACUGAAAGUCCAUUGCAAGCCAUGGGUUGACUGCAAGAUCAGCGAUGUGUUCACCUCCCCUACCACUUCUGAGCCCACAAUACCUAAUGAUACUAAUCAAAAGCCCAAUUGUUGUAGUAGUACAGGUGCCCAAUGGAGUGGUAUUUAUGAGAGACAUUGCUGUUAUCAAAAGGAAAAGAUCUGCUCUGAAGCCAAACAUUUUGCCCAAAACUGCGCGGAUAUGUCACGAAUGCAGGAAUUCCUGGAGGCGUAUGACCGGGAAAUGGUCUCCUGUCGAGGGGUGGGUAUCGAUCCGACGGACACCCUCUGCAACUCCAUGUCUGUCAAUGAUGUCACAGAACCCGAGUGUCAGCAAUGGUUUUCGUGUUGUAUCAACGAUACCCUCCAUAUCACACCUCCACCUGACACGUCCACAACACGUCCAACACCACCUACGAGUCCAGACUUAACUCCAGUUCCUGAGCCCAUUACACACGCAACCUCUGCUUUCGAAACUGCUACAGACAUAUACUAUACAACGGAGACUAUUACAGAAUUAGAGACUGACCUAGGUGUUACUUCAGAUAUAGACAUUGCCUCCGAAACGAGUCCAGAUGCAACCACUACACCCGAGACAAAUCCAGACUUAACAGAUCUAACAACUACUACAUCUGAUAUUAUAGCAGAUCUGACCACAAAACCCAACAUUAGUCCGGUGCUCAUAAAAUAUAAGUCCAAUGGUAGCUGUAAUACCAGUGCUCGGACACUAAUUCUUACUAUUGUGGCAAUCAUUGGCUGUAGUAUUGUAGUGAAUGCCAAACAGAAGUCAAACUUCCAGUCCUCCGGUUCUCAAACAGGGAUCGACUGCUCGGACACCAAAAGUGUGGAAAAUAAGUCAAACUUCCAGUCCUCCGGUUCUCAAACAGGGAUCGACUGCUCGGACACCAAAAGUGUGGAAAAUGUUUACCUCAACACUAUAUUGGACUGUAUUGACCGGAAAUGGAGUCCAUAUGAACCAAAUAGUGACAGACAUUGCUGUUAUUAUAAGGACUGGUUCUGCACUCAAGCCAAACAU